AUGAGGUAUGUGUCAGCUUACAUGUUGGCAGCGAUGGGAGCCAAGCAUCAUGUAACAGCGAAUGACAUCGGAAAUAUUCUCGGAUCAGUAGGUGUCGAUUGCGAACAUGAUAAAGUUGAAGAUGUUAUUAAGAAAAUGGAAGGGAAAACGUUGGAUGAAUUGAUAAGGGAAGGAUCAAAGUACCUCGCAUCAAUAUCAGCUGCACCGCCAUGUAUCGGUGGUACACUUACUGCUAGUGCUGCUACUUCCCUCGCAGAUAAUAAAGAUGCUGUCACAGCUUCAUCAGCGAAAAAGGAGGAAAAGAAAGAGAAAGAGGAGGAGUCUGAUGAAGAUAUGGGUUUCGGUCUUUUCGAUUGA